UUAAAAAUGAGAAUAAAAUACACCAAUAGGGACCAAUACAUAUUAAUUUCAAUAUUUUCAUUAGAAAAAUAGUGAAUUAUAUAUAAAAAUUGAAAUAUUGAGGUCGAGCACUAGGGGCGACCAAACCUGGUAUUUUCUUCAAAGCUGAAAGCCAUCCUCUCUCUUUCUCUACAUGAUCCAUCUCCAUGCCUUCCGCUCCUGCUUUAUCUCAUGACUUCCAUGGCCGAAAUCCAAAAGAAAACCAUUACUCCCACUCCUAGUCCUACAACUUCUCCUACUCCGUCCGUAUCCAAAUCAAAAAGCAGUUGUUUUCUCGCUUGCUUCGGAUUUUCUAGGCAGACGAGUCACAGACAGAGUAGGAGAUCAAAGUCGGCCCCCAUCAUCAGAAAGGAAGCCAACUAUAUCCGAGAGGAUCGUGAAAACCAUAAGAUUGAUAUCGAGGGUGAACAUUCAACUGGUAAUACUAGUCAACGCAGCUGGUAUUUGAUUUCUUGGUCAAGUUGGAGGUUUCACACCAACAAGUCCGCCACCAAAACCGUCCCCAUCGACGCCUCCGGUACCACUGUAACCACCAUCACCGACAAACGGAAACGUCCGUGCAAGGUGGUCAAGUUCUCCAGCUUGCAGACCAAGUCAAAGUCUGGUAACCUCGUCUCUAUUUCCGAAGACGUAAUUGCGGCCACCACCAAUGGGGAGCCGCCAGGGACCCCAAGUAGGGAAGAGGCUGAGCCGCCUCCCGUCGUCUCAGACCCGCAGAACACUAUUACCCAAAACCCUCCACAGACCAACACGAUCAACCUCGGAAGUAGGAACCAUUUGGAGUCCCCUAAGGAUGGCACGUGUCAAAAUCUGUUUUGCCGGAAAAUUCAUUCACUAAGAACAAAUACAACUAGUGCAGGAUCAGGUGGAAGAAAAGGGGCAUCUAGCAACCAAGGCCAACCCGGUUCACCGGCUGUACAGGAGGCUAGGACGCCCAAGUCUCGUACUCGGACAACAACCGCCGUGUUGUCACACUCCGUGUCUUUCCCCGCUCGCGAAAGCCAAACUCAACAGGCAGCGCCGGCAACUCCGUCGGCAGUGACACGCAAUUUUAGUAAACAUUAUUCGUCGUGGUCGUGGUCGACAACCGUGUCAAACAACGCCGGAUCGAAAAAUAAUAAUAGGGGGAAGGUAAAGGCAAAGGGAGAGUCGAGUGGAGCCAAUAGGAAGAAUUUGGACCCACUGGUUGGUAUGUCCAUUAUUUUGGUGACGUUGAUUAUUAUGCUAGUAUGGGGUCGUUUGUGUGCUAUCCUUUGCACGUCCGCAUGGUUUUACUUCAUCCCGCGCCUAAGAUCAGCAGCUGCCGCCACCGCUACUGCUGCCGAUGGAUUUGGAUCCCCUCACCAUAAUUCCGUUUCCAAUGUUAAUACUCCGCGGGCCUUGGAUAUGAAUUCCGAGGAAUGCAAGAAGAAGGUCGUCUUGGAGGGAUUUCUCGAGAGGAAUCACCGGAAUAUUAUUCCAUGA